AUGGGCGCUCUGCGAUGCAUGGGCUGGAUAACCGGUUGCUCGGUAUUCACGGCAUUUAUUUCAAUAAUUUGGCAGGCAUUUCUGUCACUGCAGGCGCUCAACAAAACAACCGUACUCCUUACUGGUCUCCUGGCCAUUGAGGGCGGCCUCAAGAGAUCGUCCUUCGAGCCGGCACCCAAAGUAGCCGUGGGCUAUGGCGCCUGCACGGAUCUGCAAAUAAAUGCUACAGAGUUUCUGGAGACCUUCUACAAAAUGCGUGUGCCCGAGGUGAGCACCGACUUUGCAGCGAACGAUGUGAACAACGAAAAUGAAUUCCUGCAAUCAUUUGCCUAUUACUUCAAGAACGGCGCCGCAGCUGAGCGCGUCAUAGCCAAUGGAACGCUGUUCAAACAGCUGAUAACAAAUGCCAAAAUAAUGGACAAAGAGCGCAUUCAUUGGUAUAUGGGAGGCAAUGCCCCAUUGAUGGCUGUGCGAUUUGUAAUGGAGGGUGCAGAUGUACUGCUGGGCGCUCAUAUGUCGAAAAAAUUGCGACCUUUGCUGCCCAAGGAGAUUCGUCUUGCUGGAGACGAGAUACCAGAUGAUGAUAUACAUCUUAUUCUCGAGUAUAAGGCCGGCGAUAAAUGGGGUCCAUAUGAGGCACCACGCGCCAAUCGUUAUAUACUGCAUAACGACAAGAAUAAUCCGCAUUUGAGGUCAGUGGAGCAGCUGACAGACGCACUAAAGCAAUAUAACCCGCAGCUUCUUGUGGUCAGCGGUCUGCAAAUGAUGGACAUGUUUAAGUUCAGUCCUGGUGUGCGUGAAGCCCGAUUGCGCCAGGUGCAAUCGCAACUGACCAGCCAGCCCCCAGACACACUGCAUCAUUUUGAAUUUGCCAGCUAUGUGGAAUUGCAGCUCCUGCAUCAGCUCCGGCAGUUUGUGCUGCCCUAUGUGGACUCUUUGGGCAUGAACGAACAAGAGUUGUCAAAUCUGCGGCAAGUGCUCCGUCAUGGACGCACCACAUUGGCCACUGACUGGAAUCCACGUAUUGCCAAUACACUGGACCAAAUGCGUCAAGUGUUUAUCAGUCUACUAGAAGACUACUAUGUGCAGCGCAUGAUCGACUCGCACAGACGCAUGGUAUCCAGAAUACACGUGCACACCCUUGCCUAUCAGGCCAUUCUGACCAUUACAAAUUCGAAGUGGAAAAAUACGCGAGCUGCAGCAGCUAAGGCCGCAUUGACGGCUCAUCGUUACGUCUGCAAAUCCCAAUUUAUUAAUCCAGAAUCGGUGACUCUUGUUUUGGACGACAGCUUCGCCACGUCUGCUCAGGAGCAAGCACCUCGUAUGCGCAUAGGCGCAGCCAAUCCUGUGCCUUGCUGGCAAGAAUUUAUACAAUUUGGCGCGGAUCUGCAAAAAAUCGAAGUGGAGAUAUGCGUUGCUCCAGUGCUGAUAUGCCGAGUGGCUAAAAAGACAGCGGGAGCUGGAGAUAAUAUAUCUGCCUCGGGACUUGUGGUCCAAUUGUGAGGCAUAAGAAACUCAACAAAACAAAAAA